UUAUACCGCUAAAAUCACGGGAACGUCUCGUGAUUUGUCAUGUAGGCUCCCCGUCGGGAAUGUCAUGUGAGAGGGACACUGUGACUGACACAGAUAAAAGCCGCAGAUUCACUUGUUCUGUCCCACUGUUCAGGUAGACAUCCAGUGAGCGCUACAGCCUGUCUAAACUGUACACUUCUGUUGUAGACAUGGAGUUUUUACGCGCACGUUUUGCGGUUGUUGUAGUGUUAGCGGUCGUAGGAAGUCUUGUGCUUGACGUAACACGGGCGAGCGCGGUGCCGAAGUGCCGGAUGGUGUGCGACGACGGAUCCAACAGCGACGGACGACUGACAUACGACAGUAAAAUGGACAUGAACGUAAGGGGAGAAGCGAGGCGGCUAGGAGUCGACCCGUACCCGUACCCACCCCAGCCGUCGCCGCCCACUCACAGGGUCGCCUUCUCCGUUGCACGGACGACACCUAUCGGCCCUCUGCCGAACGACACCAUCCUGCCCUUCGACUUCAUGUUCAGUAACGCCGGAGGAGCGUUCGACAUGGAGACCGGGAUAUUCACAGCCCCUGUCAGUGGCACAUAUUUCUUUUCGUUCCGCGGCCAGAAGCGGUCUGCGCAGUACCUGAUGUACCUGGGCCUGUGGCGGAACGGUGAGGAGAUGGCGGGGGUGUACGAGGACAACCUGGACCCGCUCAACCCCACUCCCAGCCCGGGGAACGCGUCUAAUAACCUCGUACUGCAUCUGUUUGAACGGGACCAGGUGUACCUGAUGAUCAGUGAUAACGCCAUCGCCUUCUCCACCGUGUUCGGCAAGUAUGUGGGCUUCACCGGCUUCCUGCUCUUCCCGGACAACCCGUAUGUGUAGUGACAGAGACGGAAACAACACGCGAAGCAACACACGAAAGAAGAAUAACUUUUUGGCCACUACCAGGCUUCAGAAGCAGCUGGAAAGAGUAGAAAUUAGUUUACAAUUAUCUCCAAGCAGAUCCUAGGGUGGCAAAAGACAGUAUCAAAUUGCCCAGACAGUAUCCAUUCGCCAGAGAGGGUCCAUACGCCACAACGUUACUCUUUUAGCGAACGAACUCCUCUGACAUGACAUGUUCAGUCUAUUUGGCUGAUUUCUACUCUCUCCAGCCGCUUCUAAAGCCUCGUAGAGACUAAACUAUUCUUCAAGUUAUCAUUGUAAGGUUGUUGAGAUUUAUUGUUAUGAUUAUUGCCCUUGUAAGUAUUGUGCAAGAUCCCAUCAUUGUUUAUAUUUUGAUAUCAUUUCUCUAUGGAUGCAUAUGGUUUUGUUUGGUAUUUUUCUUAAAAGAUCGAUGAAAUGGAAAAAAAAAGAAAAUGUUGUAGGGAUUCGAAGAAACUUUGUGAACAAGUUGAAACCAAUCGCCAUAUCUGUGAAAGCUAUCAUGUCAAGGAAUAGUGGAGCAAAUUGUAUAAGUAGUUCAAGG